AUGGGAAGUCUCACGGCAGCGAAGGUGUCAUCGCGCCCAUCCAACUUCGUUCUCGGCGGACUAGGCCUCACCGUGGGAACGAUAUCUUACGUGCUAUACUCCCAUUUCACCCGGUCGCACACCACCACUCGAGGGGACCAGGAUGUGCCCAUUGAGAAAUUGGAAUCUCUCCCGGACCCCAGGCUCGCUCUCCAACCGCCCCCGUUCUCGCAGGAGCAAGUCGACACACGGCUGCGGGCGAACGAGGUGACUCGUCAGAUGUCGGGUCUCGGCAUAGGACACUACGACCGGACGAGUUUACCGAGUAACUCCGUCAUGGAGGAUGCGUACUCGGAAGCCAUUGUGGAGAUGCCCGACGGUCGUAACCUCGGGUUCUGGGGUAUCUAUGACGGUCACAUCGGCACUGCCAUGUCGACAGCUCUCUCACGCUCCCUGGUCAACUCGGUAGCCCUCGAGCUGGGGAAGGCCUAUGCAACGGAUUCUCUCCCCCCGUUCGAGAGAAUAGCCCAGGCGUUGAAAAGCGGAUUCCUCGCCGUCGACGACCAUCUCAUCUGGGAACGCCAGGAGGCCCUUCUCCAGCACGCGCCAGAAUCUUCAAGCAUCACAUCGGAUCCCCUGUCCUUCCCAGCGACUCAACUCCUCCAAGAAGCCUUCACCGGCUCGUCCGCCCUUCUAUCGAUAUACGAUAGCCGGUCUCGCAUGUUCUAUGUCGCCUUAGCCGGGGACUCUCGGGCGGUGCUCGGUCGUCGACGCGAACCGGGCUCAUGGGCCGCAACCGUGCUAACCCUGGACCAGUACGGAUUGAACCCGGACGAGGAGGCGAGGAUCCGCGCCGAGCACCCAGGCGAAAAGGACGUGCUUAAGAACAACCGGCUGCUGGGCAGUCUCGAGCCCACCCGGUCCUUUGGAGACCUCUACUACAAGUGGACGGACGCCAUGCAAGACAAGAUCCGGGCGUGCUUCUUGAACGAUGGCAAGCUCGGGAGACAGCUGGCGCCUAAUGCGACGCCGCCGUAUCUGACCGCGGAGCCCCUCGUGACUAGUGUGCAGAUUCAGCCGGAGAAGGGCGACUUCGUUGUCAUGGCGUCUGAUGGGCUGUGGGAGCUACUCAGUAACGAGGAGGUCGUGGGUUUGGUAGGUCGGUGGGUGGAUGAGCAGAGGGGUAUCGGGUCUCGCGGUAGCAAGGAUGGGUGGAAGAGAUACAUCUCUUCGCCCCAGCACAGUGGCUCGAGUCCCGUUCAUCCGGACGAUAGGUUUGUGCUCGAGGACGGGAACGCCGCUACUCAUCUGCUGCGGAAUGCGCUGGGGGGAAAGCUUCAUGAAGGCCAAAUGGUGCGCGCCAUGCUCACGCUGUCCCCCCCGCUGAGCCGACGGUAUCGCGACGACUUGACCAUUAUGGUGAUUUUCUUCGAUGGGGUUUGGGGAUCGAACAAGAAAUGA